UUCUUGGACAGAUGAAGCAGAUAGGCAAUUGGUGAUACAAUACGUGAGACACCGUGUGGCUCUUGGGGCAAAGUUCCAGCGUGUAGAUUGGGCUUCACUUUCUGAGCUUCCAGCAUCUCCUAAUGUUUGUAGGCGUAGGAUGUCAUCCUUAAAGAGAAAUAUUAGAUUUCGCAAAGCUGUCAUGAGUCUUUGCAAUAUGCUUAGCUGGAGAUAUGCAAGGCACCUUGAGAAAAACCAGAAAAGGUUGUUAAAUAAUGAUGAUUGCACAAUGCUUAUUCGACCUUCACACAUGGAUCCUUCCAGCAUGAAUAUAUCCAAAGAUGUUGGACUUGCUGAAAGCAGUGGUCUUCAGGAAGAGCAAUGGGAUGAUUUGGAUGACAAAGAUAUAAAGAGAGCCUUGGAGGAUAUUCUUCAGCUCAAGCGGAUGACUAAAUUGGAGGCCUCCAAGAGGGUUGGACUCAACUCGGAGGAGUGGUCAAAUAUAAACGUGAAUGCUGAUGAAUAUGAACCUGAAAUGGUUUCACCAACUACUAGUGAGGAUAAACAGAACCUGUCCGAGCAAGAACAGAAAGAUUCUGCUCCCAGAUCAAGAUGUCACCGUCUUCGACAAAGGUUUAUUAAACUUUUGAGUGAGGAAAUUAGCAUUAAUAGAAGAGUCCAUGAAUCUUUGGCUAUUUCCAAUGCCGUAGAAUUAUUGAAGCUUGUAUUCUUGAGCACCUCUACAGCACAACAUGUUCCAAAUCUGCUCGCAGAAACUUUACGACGGUAUUCGGAACGUGAUCUUUUUGCAGCCUAUAGCUACCUCAGGGAGAAAAAAAUUAUGAUUGGUGGAACUGGUGGCCAGCCUUUUGUACUUUCUCAACAGUUCUUGCAUAAUGUUUCUAAGUCUCCUUUUCCGGUUAAUGCUGGAAAGAGAGCUUCCAAAUUUUCCAGUUGGCUACAUGAAAGAGAACAAGAGAUGAUGGCAGUGGGGAUCAAUCUUCAUGCAGACUUGCAAUGUGGAGACAUUUUGAGUUUGUUUUCUUUGGUUUCUGCUGGUGAACUGUCAGUUUCUCCAUCCUUGCCAGAGGAAGGCAUUGGAGAGGCUGAAGACAUGAGAAGUACGAAGCGCAGAAAUGAGGACACUGAGAGUAAUGAUGAUAAGGAUAAGAAAUUGAAGUUUAAAACAGAUAGUGAAAUUAUCUAUCGCAGGGUAAAAUGUUUUACCAAUUUAGACGUAUUCAAUCAUUGCGUUAAUAUCGCAACAACUAAGGUUUAUACAUUAGGCUCGGAAACCAGCAACUCCAAUGGUGGACUUCAUUCGUACGUUGGAUGUGACCGUUAG